AUGAUCUCCCUUAUAAUUCAACCUAGAUUUGGACACGACGACCUUCUCAUCCUCAAUCGCUUCCAGAGAAUCGAUACGCUCAGCCUCGCGGGUUCCGAAGAGGCCAAUCCGGUACCACGGCAGACCAAAGACUCUGUCCAUGGUCUCCAGCGACCGUCCCGCCGUCUCUGGAAUCGUCACCCAGACCCAAAACCCGCCGAGAAUGGUGAUGGCUGCGAACAUCCAGAACGUCCCGGCCGGACCCAGCCCACCUUGCGCAGUCGGGAGGAGCAUGUUGGGUACUGCGCGGCUGUUGCCGUAGGCGUUGGCGAAGUGGGUGCACAUCACCAGGGACGACGACAAGGCACGGAUGCGCAGAGGGAAGAGCUCUGCUGUGAGGAGAUACUGCAUGCUGUUCCAGCCAAGCGCCCAGCCAACGCCGGAGAUGUAGAUGAAGGCAAUGGCGCCGGUGCCGGCACGGGCUUCAGAGGGCGACGAAUGGUACCCGGCCUCUGCGAUGCGAGGGACUUUGGUGAGGAAAGCGGCCACGGCGAUGCCGAUGAGGAGCGACCUCUUGCGGCCAAUGACGUCGACGAGGAAGAGAGCGCAGAUCAUGGAGGAGCAGAAUUUAACGACGCCGAAGACGACGGUGGAAAGGAGGCUCUGCUCGGUGCCGGUGACGCCAACGAGGGCGAAGAGGUUGGACGCGUAGAUGGUGAUGGAGGGACCGCCGGACCACUGGGAUAG